AUGGUGUCUGGAGGUCGAGGGAAAGAUGGUGUGGUGGUGGGUGGUGGUCGGAAGGGGUUCGGGACUGCCGGAGCAGCUCGGGCACUCCUCGGACGCAAAACAGAGCAGUCCGGCGCCGGGGCUGUUCUGGGCUUUCCAGCGGGUCUGCGGCGGCCGAAGGUGGAGGCGGUGAGGUGGCGGAGGAGGUUGGUGGUCAGAGGAAGUGGCUGGAGGUGGUGGUGGCGCAAAACAGCCAAGGGAGGAGGAGUUGCACACGAUUCAAUCCAGGAGAGCGACCCAAUGGCGACGCAACCUAGUGAGGAACGAGGAAAUUCAAGCCAUGCCGAACAACCUGCAGACGUUCGUGUAAGCGUUGGAUCAGCUCCUUCUCAAUCCAGAGGUGUUUCGGAAUUAUUGCAAGAGGAAGCGGAUGGAGAAUAUCACUAUUACCGACCAUUGUGGCAAGCUGCAUUCAAGGGUGAUUGGGAAUUUGCUAAAAGAUUCUUCGAACAAGAUUCUGCUUCGAAAAUGGCCAAAAUAACAAGCAACUCACAAACAGUGCUUCACUUGGCCACUCUGAGUGCACAAGACCAAUUUGUGGAGAACCUAAUUGAGCUCUUGUCUCCGUAUCCGGAAGUGCUUGAAACGGUUGAUUGUAAUGGCCGCACAGCCCUCCACAAUUCUGUCCUGUGUGGGAGAAUAAGGAUGGUGGAGGCAUUAGUUAGAAGUAAUCCUAAUUUGACGCAACUUGCAGAUAAUAAAGGACGGGUUCCUUUGGGAAUAUCCGCUAAAGAAGCUUCUAUGCAUAAGGAGAUUGCCUGGUUCCUGGCAAAAAGUACGACAGACAAUGGGCCAAGUCAGCCCUUUAGCAGCCAAUCUGCCAUUGAUACCAUUUUAGAUCUCACCCACGCUGGUCACCAUGAUAUCACCCUUUAUCUAGUCAAGAAAUACCCUCACUUAAUUUCCAUGAGAAGCACAACUCACGGCAAAUCUAUACUGGACAUAUUGGCAAGGAUGGAGUCUCACUUUCCCAGUGGAACCAGGCUGAGUGUUUUGGAAGCAUUGAUAUACAAAUGUAUUCCGGUGGACUUGAACUACGAACCAACAGAUAAAAGUUCGGAUCCGGCGCUUCAAUGUCUCACAAGGUCAAUUUGGAAUGCCGCCAAAAUUGUAGUUCCCAUAAUCAAGAGGACUCAUGAGGUGAAGCUGGGACACAUGGUAACGAUUGAGUUGGCAAAACAAGUUUGCAUUGCGAUCUCCCGUAGUAGAACUACCGAGAUCACUAAUUUUUUAGUACUAGGAGAUGCGUUGGGUGAAGCUACAGGCAGGGGAAUCACUGAAAUCAUGAAGCUAUGUAUUCAAUUUUUCCCGGAGGAUAUUUGGAUGUCGCCCGAUGAUAAUAGGUUGGAAAAACAUAUUUUCAUGGCUGUGCACCAUCGCCAAGAAAGAAUUGUCAGACUCUUUUUGAAGGAAACCUCAACCGAUCAGUUGUCAUUUGUUCGAGCACCAUUGGAACUAUCGGCGGCGAUAAUGGCAGCAGCAACACAGUAUCAGUAUGCAGCAGCAGAGUACUACUCUAGUUUCAAUGUUGUAACUAACGUGGCGGGCGCCGCUUUUCAAAUGCAGAGAGAACUCCAGUGGUACAAGGCUGCGGAAAGUCGGAGUACCCGUUACCUGGCACUCGGCUACUUCCGUGGGAAAACAUUUUGGGCUAGAUUCGUGGAGCAGCACCAAGAUUUGCUUAAGAGUGGAGAAAAGUGGAUGAAGGACACAGCAAAUUCAUGUAUGCUCGUCUCAACUUUAAUUGCCACGGUAUUGUUCGCUGCUGCAUUCACCGUGCCCGGAGGCAAUGAUGACAAAACCGGAGUCCCAGUAUUGUUAGGACGAGACUCUAUCCUUGUUUUUGCAAUUUCGGAUGCACUAGGUUUGUUCUCCUCUGUGACGGCCAUCUUGCUAUUUCUAGCCAUCUUAACUUCUCGAUACGAGGCACAAGAUUUUCUCUACUUGUUGCCUAAGAAGAUCAUAAUGGGGCUUUGUUUUCUCUUCCUCUCCUUGGCUUUCAUGCUGGUGGCCUUCACUGCGACUCUCACAAUUGUGCUGGAUAAGAGAAUGGAGUGGGUUCUAAUUCCCAUUACUUUGCUGGCCUCUCUUCCCGUGGCUUUAUUCGUUGGACUGCAGCUUCCCUUGCUAUUGCAAAUGGUUAAAUCCACUUAUGGACCCAGCAUCUUUCGUCCCGAGGGCAUUUGGGAUGGAGUCAACUAUACCGAACAAGAUCGGUGAUUGAAGGGGCAUGUCUUCAUUAUAGU